CUGUUGCCCGUUUGUGCAAAGCUUCACAUUUUCUACCAAAUCCGCAUAUGCUGCUCUCGGACUGGCUGGUUGUUGCUGCUGCUGCUAGAUAGAAGUGAUUUUACUCGAACGAAUAAUCAACGGAACGCCUCACUCCCGUGGACUUCCCGUAGUUAAUAACCAUAGUGGGUACUGGCCGCAGUGUUUCGCUUGCAUCGUGGCCGAUUCCACCAUCGCACAGUGACAUCGACCGCAAAGGGAUAAAGUAAUUCGUUUCUAUUUUUUCCCUUCGUUUCGGUAAAUCCGUGAUCCGCCGCGUAUGUGCAACCGCCUGUCGUGUGUGUGUGAAAGUAGGUGGACAGAGCAGAAACUAUAACCUACAACAAUAGAGAGGUAGCGGAAUUUAGGCUGUACUGGCGAUAACCAACCAGCCUUUCUCCCCCCCGUGUGCUGCUUCGAAACGACGGACCGUGCCUGGAAGGCCAUUGUGCACCAUUAUUUGCGACACCAAAUCCGAGUGGUGGUACUGCUGCUGCUGCUGGAUCUAGUUUUCCAUUUUUUUUCCUUUCCGCUGCGCGGUUUUGGGCGAAGAAGAGUAGUGUGCUUUGAAAGUCGUCAUUUUUUCUCCCGAUCAGUGAAAAAAGCCUUCCGCCUGUGAGUUAAAAAUUCCAACCAAGCAGAAAAAAGUGUUGAAAUUGAUGCCGAACAACGGCUGAUGGUUAUUUUUGCCUCUUUAUUUUGGGCCGUUUUAUAGUUUUAAAAUUGUUCCUUGUUUCGUGCGUGUUUGACCUUUGCUUUGCCAGCAGUUCCGUACCGUAGUCUGAAAUUCCAUAUUUUUAGCGAGUGCCUGAAAAAUAGUUCCAGCCAUUGCAUUUUUAGUGCACCCCACAUUCAAGAGUGGAUAAAUCGAAGGCAGAAGGCAGUAAUACAAAAAAGUGGUGUUGGUGUGCAGAAAGAGAAGCAGCUCGGGUUGUGUUGUAUUUUGUCCGGCCGCUGGCGAAACAAGAAAGCCAGCCACAACCGUAGUCCGCGGGUGCGGCAAGAGUGGAAAACAACAGCAGAGAGAAUAGAUAGAAAUUGGUUACCAGCAAGCAACCUCUUGGUUUGGUGUUGUGUUGUGUGCGCCCUGUUUGACGGAAGAAGAAGAAGAAACACCAUCGACAUCGACCAGAAACGCCAGAAACCAAGAUCACCGGUAGGAUGGAUUUUUUCGAGAAGGGAAGCAUAGUCAACAUCAAACGAAGCGAUGGUCGCGUACAUUCCGCGAUGGUAUCCCGGAUCCACGAGGCGUCACGCUCGGUCACCGUCGAGUGGUACGAGCGUGGCGAAACCAAGGGCAAGGAAGUGGAGCUGGAUAUGCUGCUGGAACUGAACAAACCGGAACUGAUGGCCGACACCGGAAACAGCGAUGCGACGCUAGUGCCACAGCUCAAAAAGGAUCACAUCACGCCGGCACCGGCCAACCUUGCUCGGCAGGAAUCCUCCCAAUCAUCGGCCGAAGACGAUGGUUUCCUGGAUGAUCAAGAUGAUCCGGCUCUGCUGAAUAGCAGCAACAACAACAACAAUACUAAUAAUGGCACAAAUGGAACCAGUGGGACUGGACCGGGACUCGGCGGUGGAACCAUGCCGAUCAGCCGGUCCACGAAUGCGGCCUCCAAGGCGAAUGCUACACAAGGUGCAAUCAGCAGGCUCAAUAUAGUAAAUGGAGCUGCCCGAGCAGCACGAACCUCACUGGCACCAAGCUACAACGGGCAGGACCAGUCCGAAAACAUUCCUCCACAGAAAGCCAAACAGGCAAAGGCCCAACCCAGCAGCCGCAUGUCGAUGGUUUCCCAGCCGACCCCGUCGGCGGUUAGUCAAAUCGCACAGUCGACGGUGGCGGCGGCGGCGACGACGGCAGCCCAGCUCAGCCAGGCCGCUACGAAUUCGCGCCGAUCGUAUGUCGUCAAGGAGGUCGAACGAUUGAAGGAAAACCGAGAGAAACGACGGGCCAAACAGGCCGUCAUACGGGAGGAAAAGAAUGCCCUGAUGAACAUGGAUCCGGGCAAUCCGAACUGGGAACUGGCGGCGAUGAUCCGCGAGUACCAGAGCCAAAUCGAUUUCCGACCGCUGCUGGACGGGCAGGCCAUCGAAGAUCACCAGAUUACGGUGUGCGUUCGCAAGCGGCCCGUCAGUCGGAAGGAACUGAUGCGCAAGGAGUUGGAUGUGAUUUGUGUGCCUACGAAAGAUACGCUGAUAGUUCACGAACCCAAAACCAAGGUUGAUCUGACCAAGUUUCUGGAGAAUCACAACUUUCGAUUCGACUACGCAUUUGACGAUUCCUGCAGCAAUGAAUUGGUUUACAAAUACACCGCAAAACCGUUGGUGCAGACGAUUUUCGAGGGUGGUAUGGCCACCUGUUUUGCCUACGGUCAAACCGGUUCCGGCAAAACACACACCAUGGGUGGUGAUUUCAACGGGAAAGUACAGGACUGUAAAAACGGUAUCUACGCCAUGGCGGCCAAGGACGUGUUUGCCUACCUGCACAGCGCAAAGUACGCCCACCUGAAUUUGGUGGUAUCGGCAAGCUUUUUCGAGAUCUACAGUGGAAAGGUAUUCGAUCUUCUCUCGGACAAGCAGAAACUACGCGUCCUCGAGGACGGCAAACAGCAGGUGCAGGUGGUCGGACUUACCGAGAAGGUAGUGGAUUCGGUUGAGGAGGUUCUCGGUAUCAUUAACCAUGGCAACAGUACCCGUACGUCGGGCCAAACUUCGGCCAAUGCCAAUUCGUCGCGAUCCCAUGCCGUCUUUCAGCUGGUGGUUCGACCGAAGGGUUCCACUAAAAUUCACGGAAAAUUCUCCUUCAUCGAUUUGGCCGGUAACGAGCGGGGCGCAGAUACAUCGUCCGCGAACCGGCAAACCCGCAUGGAGGGAGCGGAGAUUAACAAAUCACUGUUGGCACUGAAGGAGUGCAUCCGGGCGCUCGGCAAGCAGAAUGCCCAUUUGCCAUUCCGCGUCAGCAAGCUCACCCAGGUGCUGCGGGAUUCGUUCAUCGGAGAGAAAAGUAAGACCUGUAUGAUUGCGAUGAUUUCGCCGGGACUGAGCUCGUGUGAGCACACGCUGAAUACGCUGCGGUAUGCCAAUCGCGUCAAGGAACUGGUGGCCAUUGAUCCGUCCGAGCGAUCGGACGAUGUUGAACCGAUGGAAAGCGACGAGCCAAAGAACAACGGGGUCCUCUCGGAGAACGAUUUGGCCCAGCUGCGGUCGUUGAAUGAACACGAUAUGUCGGUUGAGCUGUAUAACCAGCACGCGGCCAUUUCGGACCUGCAGCAAACCGAGGAGGAAGUGGUGGAUCAUCACCAGAAGGUGAACGAAUUCCUGAUGAAAUUUUUGCCCGAAUCUCGGGAGCUUUACAAGCAGACCAAUUACGUGGACUAUGAUCAGGACGCAUACUGCAAACGUGGCGAGGAACUGUUCACCCAGCUGGCGGAGAUUGCAACCACCUGUAAGGAUCUGAUGUCCGAAUUUCGCGCCAAGCUGGCCAAGGAGGAGAUGCUGUCGCACAAGAUUAACCCCGAACGAAAGUAUAAGUAAGGUCAAGAAGAAAACAAAAAUAAAAAGAAACGGUAAGCUCUUGUCGUAUGCGUCGUGGACGGUUUUUGCUAGUGUUUUGUCGGUGCCAGGUAGCUGUGCUCCUAGCUAGUAUCUACGAGCGUCUACGAAACGUGUUAGAAAAUUGUUACGAAAGGAAAAUGGGCACCGAAAAAAUUCGAAUUCGCUCCACCGGCAGAAUCUGUAUCACCACAGGGCAAGGAAGCCGAGUUGAAAUACGAACAAGCAGGAUCUUUUGCGGGGAAUGCGAAAAAUAUUUAUUUAUUUAACAUUUUCGUGUCAGAUUUUUAAGUCUCCUUUUUACACUAACGCCGCAUUACUGAUGAAUAGAAUAAAUUGAAAGCAAGUUAUGUUACGCAAAUGAUGAAUCUGAGCUGGUUUUGAUGAGUGUGUGAAUCAACUGAAGAUAGACAGAGAGAAAGAGGACAGUCCUAAUUUAGAGUAAAGCUAUUUUACCGAUAUAUAUAGUUCUUAGUGGCUUAGAAACAGAAAAAAACGAACAAGACAUUUAAUCUAACCGUAAAACUCUGAUAAGGAAAAAGAAAUACAUCAUUAAAACACAUCUCCUGCUUGCGCAAAACACGGAAACACUACAAAUUAAAUCCUUCUCUCCCGAUACCUCCCACCUUCCCCCACACCAUCCUGAAUCCUAACGGAAAAAGCCUGGCAAAACGACCAACGCGCAUAGUUGUUAAGUGUAUCUCUCUUGUUGAUAAUCGACCCCGGUCCCCACAGAUCCCCUGAAAAUUUUUCCUGAAUCCAGUUGCUUUCCUCGUCGUCGUCGUCACUGGGGCAGUAGCUGACCCGUUUAUGACACUAUACUCGCAUAAAUAUCAUCCGCAACCACAAUCGAAGAGUUCGGAGCUGGCGCAUGAAUUUAAUUCAGCUCGGCAAAAGUAAGUAAAGUAAACGAGUAACCGAGAUUCUGCUCACUAAUUGUCUAUUUGUAAUAAGCACACAUCCUUAUGGGAAAAAACGGCGACCCUCAGUGACGACCGAGAGAACCGACUUUAGAAUAAAGUUGCAUGCUGAGAGAAUGAUGGAAAGAUCAUUGAACUAAAAAAAAGAAGAAGUGUAGAUAGUAAUAGCUUAUAUCAAUGAGUAACAAAAUGAACAAGUAAAAGACGAUACUAAACAGAGCAGAAAACCGCUUACUAUUAGUCGGAAGAAAAAAGUAGUAACCGUUCAAAUAAUUCCGUUUUUUUUUUGUCCCUGUCUAAGAGUAUUGUUUUGGGAGUGUGUGAUAAAAAAAAACAAAUUUGAACAAACAAAAGCAACACUUUGCAUGCUAGUUAAGUUUAUUGUUCUUCUUUUACACCGUUCUGUGAAGGCCAAUGCGUAUUUUUUUCCAAGUCUCGUUUAGCUUCAUUUUCACUAUCGCAACUUGUAUAUGCAAACGAAAAAAGACAACACAAAGUUCUAUAGCAAACACAAACAGUAAUAGUUUGAGCUGGCACCACGAACAAAUCUAUAAGAAACGUAUGAAAAAAAAACAAAACGACCCCCGUUUGGGAGGGGUUGACAAACAAAUGAAAACUUUCGCAGUUAUUACAAUUUACACACGGUGAUUAUUUGAUUAACCUUGUUUUUUUAUGAAACUUUUUUUUACUCAUCUCAAAAUGAUAACAAUCAAAAUUAACUGAAGAAAAGAAA